AGGAAACAUCAGCUGGUCAAGAUGACAGCUGGUUUACAGCUCGGCGUGAUCGGGUCUCUCGCGCUCUCCGUUGCAUCUUCAGUUGCCAUUGUCAUCUGCAACAAAGCUCUCAUCAGCACACUUGGUUUCCCAUUCGCUACGACAUUAACAAGCUGGCAUCUCAUGGUGACCUACUGCACCCUCCAUGUGGCACAACGCUUACAUUUUUUUGAGCCCAAGGCAAUUGAUGGACAUACAGUGAUCCUCUUUGGGUUUCUGAACGGCACCUCAAUUGGACUUUUAAACCUUAGUUUAGGAUUCAACUCCAUUGGAUUCUACCAGAUGACGAAACUGGCCAUAAUACCUUUCACUGUGCUGUUGGAGACAAUCUUCCUGAACAAAAGAUUCAGCGAGACUAUCAAGCUCUCUCUUAUGGUCUUACUUCUUGGAGUAGGCAUCGCAUCAGUUACAGAUCUCGAGCUAAAUCUACUUGGGUCCGUCCUUUCUGGCCUCGCCAUCGCCACCACUUGUGUUGGCCAAAUUCUCACAAACACAAUACAGAAGAAACUGAAGGUCUCCUCAACGCAGCUUCUUUACCAAUCUGCGCCAUACCAAGCAGCAAUUUUGUUUGCGACCGGCCCGUUUGUGGAUCGACUCCUUACAAACCGCAGUGUCUUCGCCCACAAAUACACCACUCCAGUUGUGGGUUUCAUCAUCCUAUCUUGCUUGAUUGCGGUGUCUGUGAACUUCAGUACAUUUCUUGUGAUUGGAACAACGUCUCCAGUCACAUACCAGGUGCUUGGCCACCUUAAGACAUGUCUUGUUCUCUCUUUUGGCUACACUCUACUACACGAUCCUUUCACCAUGAAGAACAUAUUAGGCAUUCUGGUCGCCAUAUUUGGUAUGGCAUUGUAUUCCUUCUUCUCAGUCAGGGAGAGCAAGAAGAAGUCAACAAAUGAUGCUCUGCCAGUUUCACAGAUGCCAGAUAAGGAGACUGAACCACUUUUGGCAACCAAAGACGGCAGUGAUAUCAAGAAGGCAAAUGGUGUAUCGCACGGCUGCUAAGACUUCCCUUGCUUAGUGUAGAUAUAGUAUGCACGUCUGCUCUUCGAGUUUCAAGGAUCUGGAAAGCCAUUUCUUUCCGUUCUUAAAUUUCUUUUGUAGAGAAAAGAUUUCCAUAUCGUAGAGUGUAUAUUUUGACACAACUAUUAUUAUUUGCUUAUCCUUUUUCGCA